CAUAAAUACAGCAGCGCAGCGGCUGGGCUGCAGUUGAGUCGCUGCUGCUUUGAGCGGACUGAAGGCUGCAGAAAUGGACUUUGGAGUGGGACUGAGGAUCUUGCUGGUUUUCCUUCUCGUGGAGGGUCUGCACUCGUGGGCCCCAGCAGAGCAACCCCCCCUCAGCGGCGGCAGACAGGUCCGCUUCUAUCAGCAGGAGGGCAGGCUGAGGAGUCUGGGGGGUCCUCCUCAGAAACAAGCCUUCUCUCCUCGCUCAGCUCAGAGCAGCAGCUUCAACUCACAGCCUGAACAAAGUCCAGGCCAAGCGGUCCGGAGCAGCCCCUCCAGACUUCCAGCUACGCCCAAGUUCAGCCCCUCCACCAAUCCAGGCAGUAGAACAUCUGUGCAGAAGGCCGGUCAGAAGCAGAAGCCUGCUAAAGGAGCUGCUCCAGCGAAGGCCGCCGUGCACAGCUUCUCCUUCAGCGCCGCGGCUCGCUCUGGACCCCAGAAGAUUUCCAGCUCCAACAAAGGUCCGAUCGCCUCCUCUGCGUCCCUCUUCAGCCCGGUCGGGCCUGCUCCACGGGGAAACCAAGUCCGGAUGCAGACGUAUGCCCGUGCUCCUGCUAAGAAAGUCUCAGUGAACAGUGAAACCAAAGCGUCCAGGCUGCCCUUUGGGGGCAAACUCCAACACAGCAGCCAGAAGGUUCCUGCAGGGAACUUCAGUCCCAGGUUCAGCACCGCCCAGCAGACAGCACCGGGCUUUGCUCCAGCAAAGGUCUUUGAGAUCCCACAGUCCCUCGGGGGCUGGCCUAUCAGGCGGCUAGGAGACUCUACUAACCAGAACCAGGUGGAGGUCCAGAAACCCCAGCUGAAGCCGGCACCUCCUCCACCUCCUCCCAAAGAGCAGGUGGAAGCUUUCAAGACCCAGAGUCUUCAUCCAGCGUCCAAAUGGAGCAGAGUAAAGAUCCGCUCCAGACUGUAGUUCUGUCCACAUCCUUGUUUUCUAUUUGUGAUACACCACUGUCAUGACGCCUUUUGUAUUUCAAUAAAAAACGUUUUCCUUUGA